UUUAUUUAUUCUGUUUACUGGCUGAUGUUCUUUGGAAGCUUUGUCCAGCUGUGAGGUGACCAUGGAGUGGGACAGGGCCCUGAGGCGCACCCAGUCACUGAAGAGCAUCCCGUCGUCAUGUGACAAGCCCACCUGGAUGGAUGCAGGACUACGAGAUAAGACAGCUUCGGUGUCCCAGUUAGUCGCCAGGUAUCAAACCACUGUGAAAAAAAACACAAUCCGCCAAUCAGCUCCAGGAGAAACAGAAGACAAAAAGACAAAGGAAGGGUUAGAUGAGAAGACUUCCUCUCCUCUGCAAGUUCCAGAGACUCACCUGGAGUCCCUGAUGAGGAGAAGCAAAGAGAGGGACCAAACUCAAGCCAAAAGCAGUUUGCCCCGCAGUAAAUCUAUGGGCAGCCUUCAAACCAGCACAGCGUCCAUAGAGGCCCUUAAAGCUGUGUUUGAGGCCGACCCACCAGCACAGAGGAAAGUCAAGAGCAGCUUUAAAACUGCUAAAGUAACAUUAAGUCCCACCGCAGACAUGCCUAUGAUGAAUGGAGAGGCUGUGUAUGUGCAGAAAGCUGCAGAGGAGCAGAAAAUACCUGCUGGAAACAAGGCUAAAAAGGAGGCGAAGGAGGAUUAUGUGAACCAAAAGUUGAACCAGAACCAGAUGGAGAAGAGGAAGACAGUAGCGGGUAUUGAUUUUGAAAAGCUAGCAGAGUCUGAAGCCGAAGAAAGGAGGAGGACAGUUGCAGACUUUAGAGACAGCGCUUUCAUCCAAACCAAAGAGAUCCUGUCUGUGUCGGUCAAAGCCAUGUCUGCUCUCUACAUGUCGAAAGUGGUGACUCAGGACUCCACAAACAGGAUUUCCAAGAUGGAGCAAGAUCAGACACAGGAAUUUGAGAAUAAGGCGAAACUCACCAAGAUGGAAGAAGACUCCCAACAGAAGAUGGACGACCUUCCUUCACUUCAACCAGAGACACAUGAAACAGGACUAGAAGAUCUUUCUGGAGAUCCUCUUCAGCAAUGCCAACUUUCUAAACAAAUGUACCAGCAGAGGCAGAAGAAUGAGCUGAGAAGGCUCCUGAAGCACACUCACCCAGAGCUGAAGACACUGGAUGAUGUGGACAAAGAGUUUGCUGAUGUUUUGAGCUCAGAAAGGGCGACAGUUGACGAUACAACUGGAUAUGAGGGUGAGGUCCUUUCAAGACGCUUGAUAUUUGAGAACCGAGGCUCCAGUGUGUCACCUUAUACCCCAAAGAUCCAUAUGGCACAGGGAGCAGUGGGAAGAUGUGAUUGUAGUAAAACACCGACUAUUUCUGAAAGGUCAAAGGAGGAACCUCUUGUUGAAAGUGUUACUGACGUCAUGGAGAAUGACAAUUCUCUUGAUUUAAGGCUCAGUUUUUACAAAGAGACAGAAGAAGAGGUGACAAGAGUAGACGUUAAAGCCGCCAGGAGUAUAUUUGAGAGUCAGUCCGGGACAAAUGUAAAUAAAAUUCAAGGAAAUGUUUCUAACGAGAGAAAGACAGUCCAAAAAUAUGACAAACUGUCUGAAACAACCUUGAGAGAAAAUGUACAUGACAUUAACAGAAAUACAAACACCAAUUUUGAAGAAAAACAUCAAAAGCCAUGUGGUCAUGUCAGUCAAAGAACUGAAGCAGACUUUUCUGGUAGAGGCUUUCAUAGCGAUGAGGCCCUCUUUGAGGACAAGUUCACAAGUUCAGAUUCAGAAAGUCACGGUGAAAUAAUAAAAACAAGUGCAUCUCUUUUCCAAAAUAACCCUUUCAUUUCCACAAACAUUGAACAGGAGCAUUCAUAUGGGCACACAUCAGAAACUCAUAAUGAAAAAAGUGCAGCAGGUGAGGACUGUUUAAUAGCCAAUGUAAAGGACAGAACCCAUCUGUUUGAAUCAAUGCCUUUUGACAAAAUUAGGCAUCAGAACAGGGAUGAACUUGAGAUGAUGGUGGAAAUUAUUAAGGAAACUCUGACUUUUCUCUAUCAAGUAAAAGCUAUUCAAUCAGCGGGGUCAAUUAUUGAAGUUAACGAGACAAUGAUUGCUAAAAAGGCUAAAUUCACAUUAUCAGAGCGUGGACCUGAGAUAAACUAUGAUGAAGUGGCUCAAGGUGGUGCUCAAAACUUCAUUCUCCAGUUGCUACCACGUGUAAACUUAAAACCACAGAUCACUUACCUAAAGGAGGAUAGUAAAGGGGCUAUGGAAGCCACCAUGGUGGAUGUUCUGGUUCACCAUCGUCAGGUAAACCCAAAGAAAAACACUGAGUUCAAAACUGCCAAUGUGGUUCAGCUUGUUGAGGAUAUUCUCAAUCAAGACAACUCUCUGAGGAAAGGAGUGAUCAUUCAAGAACAUGCCAACAACUGUGCUGAAGUCAUUGUUUAUUCCCUCUACAAGUACCUGGAUGGAGAAGAAGUGAAAAGUUACAGCCCUCCAAAAAGUGCAGAUUAUACUGAAACAGAAAGAGACUGCAUGACAAAUGAUAAAGAAACAAGAACACGUCUCACAGCAUCAACCGCAAGGAGCCCUCAAGAAACCACAGUAGACCAAACCAGUUCAGGGUCAAUCAGGCCAAACGUGAAGGUAAAUGUAAAACUCUUCACUAGCUGUAUUGAAAAAGGUGACCUGGAGUGUUUAAAAACUCUUCAAGAUGAUGAACCAGCAGUUCAAAUGAAUGAGCUUUCCCCAAACCAAGCAGUCUUGGAACAGAAUGACGACUCUCUUCAUGAACAAAGAAGCAAUCUGGCUCAAGAUGAUGACCCAGAGUAUGUUCCAAUGAGCGUACAGAGACUUAAAAACAUGUUCAAUGAAGAUAGAAGUCCCAUCCUGGCCAGCUGUACUCCAUCUACCAGUAUUUCUAAUACAUCAUCCAAAAAAUCAGAAUGCAAUAUUGAGGCAUUCUACCAUCAACAACCAACUAAUAACACCUUUAAGGAGAACGAAGAUCAAGAAGCUAAAAAACAUGUAUCACAUGCUCAUGAUGACAGUGUUCACCAAGAUGAAGUGGCAGCAGUAUUAGAUGACACUGAUAAUGUUUCUGACUGCCGAGCUGCAAUCCAAAACCUACAGGUCACAAAAGAGGCCAAAUUGUUUCAUCGCUUGUCGCAGAAUACAGAAAAAACCUGUAUGGAAGAAUCUUUGGAAAAACCCACUAAAACAGCAGGUAAGAGAUUGCCUCAAGAAGAUAUGGACCCACAAAUGGAAUCAUGCAAUAACAUUAGUUUGAAUAUCCCAUUAGUUUCAGAUGUUGCCUUGGGACAUGAGUUAGACAAACACACUAACACAGACCGAUGCCCUGAAGACGACAAUCCAGAGAAAAUAAAGACUACCGAGAUACGCAGCAAGAAGAGUCAAGAAUAUGCAGAAACUGAUCAGAAACUACAUGUUCAAUCUACUGUCGUUUCUUUAUCUAGUUCAGAAAAAUCACCUGCACCAGAAGAAGAGAAAGUCGUUUUUCAGGGUAAACUUCAAGCAGCUUUGAAUUCCUUGGAAAAGUCCAAUAUCAAUGUCGCAAGAGGAGAUUUUAAAGCUGCUAUGAUAUACAAAAAUUCUUCCAAAUCUCCUCAAAGAAUGUCACAAAGUGACAAAAACCCAAAUACUAAAGAGAUUUGCCCGGUGGAAGAACAAAAAUCAACUCAAGUCCCACCAAAUCAAGAAGUGACUGGAACAAUGCCUAAGUCCACUACAGGUUCUGUUUCACAGAAAAGCAUACGGCCCACUGGUCCAAAGCCACCUCUUCCACUCAAGCCUGAACAUCUGAAGAGAAAACAAGGAGAUGAUCUGCUGGCAGUCACAAGGAACCCAGAGGCAGCCCAAAGUAGUACUGUAAGAACCAAGGAAACAGUUCCCCAAGAUCACCAAUCAUCCACAACUGACAAAAAGCAACACCUGUUCACAUCAACCAAUAUGGUGACAGAUCACCACACUAACGAGGUUUCAGGUAACAACACACUGGUGUUCCAAAAAUCAGAAGUGAAGAAUGAAGUUCAAGUUUCAACUGAAGCCUUCAAAACUGAUGAAACAGAUAAAAUCAUUAGCAAUAAACAGCUGGAGAGAAGUGCCACGGGAAAGGAAAACCUUCCACAAUGCACAUCAGGAAAAGACAUAAACGAAACUGAUGAAACCCAUGUAAACUUUCAUGAAGCACGUCAUGCAUUUGAAGGUAAAAAGCUUUCUUUAGGUAAGACUGCCCCAGUAAAACCAAAAAGAAAAAAAGUUGCCCACUUUGACAACAAAGAGCCAAAAGGUCUUCCAGGAGGCACCUCUAGAGAUCCACCUGUUUCAGCACAAGUGGAUCAAAAAACGGUUCAAAGCCAAGUCAAGAUGAGGGAAAAGAAAGGACAAACAGAGACCGAGGACGAAUGCAGACUGCGACUUUCUGUGCACAUGGAUGAAAUCAUGAGAGGGAACAUAACGACGGCCAUGGAAAUUUUUGACAACUUGCGAAAGCAAGAGCAACUGCAGACUAUUCUCAGCCGAGUUGAAGAAAUUGAACAGGAUACAAGCGGCGUUGACGUGAAGUCUCUGAGGAGAGCGUUUGAGAAUGUCCCUGAUUGGGUUGUCAGCUCUGACAGCAAAAAACAGAAAAGAGUCAGACCAGAAAAUAAUGAAAAACCAGAGCAGUUACCAGUAGAAAGAACAGAAAGCAUGUCCUCGAUGGAACAUGUUUAUGGAGAUCUUGCCCGCGCUAGUGAGGAAAUCAUAAACCUAAAGGAGCAAACUUUAGCCAGACUUAAGGACAUAGAGGUUGCCAUUAAGAAGGCACUUUGUUCUGUGUCUGCUCUGAAAUCAGACUCAGAUAUUGCAGAUUUAUCUAGUCUUUUCAAAGAGUCUUUAGGACAUGUCCAAGGACCUUGUUCUUCUGGCAAUGUUGGCGAAAUUGGUCUCAGCUCCAGCAGAAUGAAGUCACAAGAAGCACAGCAAAGUUUCAUCAUCCGAACAAACCCAAAUGCACAAACUGCACAAUACGCAAGCACUGCAACACCCUUUACAAAACAAAGUCCUCCGUCUUCACCUGGAUGUUUCUCCGUUCAGUCAGCAGCUGGAGAGAUGGAUAAAACGGUGCCUCCUGAAAUGUCAAUGAAGGGUCAGACAGGUUCAAAGCAGGAGGAAAGAUAUCGAGCAACAAAGACGCUGAUAUGCAACAGCCCCGCUCAGAGAAAAGAAACAGACCCCAGAAAAGAUGGGGAAGAACAAUCAUACGGUCCGCAAAAUGUCAACCGAGAGCUCAGUGUGACGGCGGUGCAAACUGACAGUGAAGGGAAUGUCAUUGAAACAAAAGCAGUGAUGGAAAACUAUGAGAGGACCAAUGAGUUUGGUAACAAGGUUUAUACAUCGAAAACCUCCACGAUCCUCCCGACUGAGCCAUAAUCUGCAACAAGAUGGGAAACUGUGUCCAAUCCAUGAACAUGUCAGGUCUCCACAUGUCCAUAGGUUCAUAAAUACACAAGGGUUGGAUGUUCCUAUACACUGCCAUGUAUGAAGAUUUACUUUUAUGACACUGAGCUAGCUUCUUUGGUUGUUUGUCAUCAAGUUUCUUAUUACUUUUAGAUGUUCUUGUCCAUUUUAUCUGUUUUCUGGUGUACUUUAUUUUGGUGGCUCUUAGACUGAGGAAGUCGAUGAAGGAUGAAACGUCUCAGCAAAAAAAAAAAAAA